UAGACAGUAUAACCUUUUACUGGGAUAAGUAAUUGUCUGGGGGUAAGGGCUGCAUUUUAAUAAGGUGACGUCGCGUGCAGUCUGGGUGCAGGAUGCAAGCGGGGAGCGGGUGUGCGUCGGCGGCGGGCGAGGGGCGAGGAGUGCACCUGGGCGGCGGCCCACGUGCCCGGGCCGGGCCCGCUCGCUCGGUGCUCACUGCUCAGUCGCCAGCCAGCCUUCCUUGAGCGAACAGCCAGCGCUGCCGCCACCCCCGCGCAGCGACAGGUGGCGCCGACGCCCGACGCCGGCAACCCGCGCUGACAUCAUCCCCCCACCCCAAUACCAUGAAACUUUAAUGAAACAUUUGCUAAGAAAAUCACGGUGUGGUGCUUCGGCGGACAUAGAUAACAGUUUACUAGUGCUGAUUGUUUUCCCAUUCAAGGAUCCUUUAAAAAUGAUAGGCUGUUAAAGCAAACGCCGGUACUGGAAACGAUACUGCAGGGGCAAGAAGUCGCGGCGUGCGCGUGCCAUGGUCGCGCGGACGCGAUGACGCACACUGCCCGCGGCAUGCCCCGCUGACAUGGCAUUCAGCCGCUUCGCGCUACUGACGUUAGCAACACUUGCAGCAAUCGGGUGUUGUGUGUGCGCGCCGCAGGGCAGCGCGCAAGGUGGUGUGCAGGGCGGCGCGCAGGUACCGCCGGGCGUGCCGCACUCCACCGCGCAGCCCGGCCACGGCGGCGUCCGCAGAUUCAGUCAGUAUUCCAGAGGGCGAGGAUAUCGCGACUGGCGCACUCGUGGAGACCCCACGCUCAUCAACUCACUCUGGCGCAGUCGGCAACCACUCGGUAUCCGGAAACAACUUGGGAACGCGGAAGUGUACAUAGUGCUGGCCCUGCUGAUCGGGUUUGUGACGGUAGUGGUGGGGUGCUGGCUGUCGGACAACUGCUGGUCGCCGGAACCGGAGGACAUCCUGGCGGGCGGCUGACCCGUGGCGGCGGGCGCGUGCACGCACGUGUAGCGCCCGCCGUCGGCCGCGGGCGACCGCGACAGCCCGUCGGGCAUGGGCUCGCUGUCUCCCGUGCUGCCGCCGCCGCCCGCGCGGGCGCCCGCCUUGUUCCACGCCGCGCGCCACUUCUGCCUCAGACUCCCCUGCGACAGAAGGACCGAACCACCGGUUUUUUGACCCGAACCGUUGCGGCCCUCUUGCCGCAUACAUGAAAAAACUAAUGGCAAUCUCAUCUCGACUAUAGCUAAUGGCGGAGUGUGUGAUAACGAAUAAGUGAUUAGAAAAUACUAAUUGUUGUAAUAGACGUUUGAAAGCGCGUUGUAGAUAGGUACGAUAAUAAACCAGACGUGGAAAGUCUUUUCUGAACUUUAAACGGCGACAAGGUGUCAUUUUAAUGAACUGCAAGAGCUUGGGGUAAGAUUAUUUAUUUAAUUAUGAAUACAAGUAUGUAUGUACAUCAAUGUAAAGUAUCUUAUUGUAAUAAUACGAGACGAUUUUCCUAUGCGCAGGUGAGCGCUCGGGAUUAUAUAGCGAAGUAGAAGCUCACUGUAUUAUCAGAUGUUUCCCAGUAGGUAACGCUUCUAGCGGUCCCUCUAAUUUCCUGGACUUCACCUGACGCAACACUGAACUCAAACGUGGUGCGACUGCGUCUCCCUUUGUAAUACUUUACUGUUGUUUCUAAAAGUAUGUGCCUUGAAACGCUUUUCUCGACUUGACUUGUAGAUUAGAACGAGUUUUGAACCAUUUAGAAGAAAUUUCUUCUCUCUGUCUGUUAGGACAAGUAAUCCCAUAAGUGCAUACACAUCAUGACCGUGCCUUUACCGUUCUAUAGACUUUGAGAGGGACGUAAUUAACAAUAGGAUUUUAAAUUACGCUUUUCUCCAUUUGAGGUAACCUACCAAUGAUUGCUUUUGAGUUUGUUGAGUUUUCAAUGCGCGGUGCAUCGUUAGCCGCUCGAGGACAAGAGUUAGGACCAAAGUCUUUUGCUACUUGUGCGUCAAUUGGAUACAAACAGUUCUAAAAUCUUCACAAUAGGAUAAGAAACAACAAUGAGAGACAACGACAUGUACAUCUAAAUGUAGAAUUUUGAAACAUUUUAUUGGCGUUUUUACCUUAGUACCUAAAGGUUUUUGUAAAACGAUUCAUAAUGGUUACCUGCAAGUAAAUUAAACGCUUGUUCAAAAUAAUAUUUUUUAGCUUUCUGGAUCCAUCCAAAUUAAAAUAAUGAUUUUUACAAAAUUAGCUUUGGGAUAGCGCCUGCCAGUUAAAUAGCUUAACGAUUUAAUUAAAUAAACAUUCCUACUAGAAAAAUACUAAGUACCUGUAAGCAUUGUAGUGUACGAAUUCGUUUUAAACUGAUGGUUCAGAUAAAAAAGAUUCCUACCUACUUUGUACAAAGUACUAACUUUUCGAAAACUUUUUUAAACGUGCGAAAUGGAAACAAAUUCACAUCAAAGCAAUGAAAACCUUCAAUCGUUAAAGGAAGGAAAAAGUUAAAUAAAAAAACAUGUUCGAUGCAUGAUGAUGAUGCUUCGUCGCUUCGAGCUACCCAAGCGACGCGUCGCGUCGCGUCGCGUCGCGUCUGAGAAUAGUUCCCCGUCGCAUGGCGCUCUCAAGAAAGAACCCAUGAGUCAUCGGCCCGACUUACUAUGAACGCCUAUCAGCCGAUCGUGUGAUGAAGAUGAAACAUUUAAGCGCAAAUUGAAAAACCUUUUGUUGAAUAACCCUCUGUACUCUGUAAAUGAUGAGUACAUGGAAUUGCAUUAGAAACGAUAUACCGUCAAAUGCGGUGAAUAGGGACGGCGGGGGAAUAGGGACAAGAACCGGAAAUGACAUUUACCUGAUUAUUGGAAAGAAAAUAUCUAUCACCAAUUAUAUCUUGCGAUUGAAAAUAAUAGUUGAUUAUAUUCUUUUGAUAAUAGAAACACUGGAAAAACAUGAAAGUCGUAAUAUAUUGUCACACUAACAGUUUAAAAUUGAGUCUGUCAACGAAUGGUUGAUAUGAGCUCCAAAACUUCCUUUAAAAGUAAAGGUUUUACUUGUUUGUUUCACUUCUGAUAGUGAAAAAUUGGUGUGGCAUUAAUUGAGAAUAUAUUAACUACAUGGUAAGUAUAAAUAAUCUUUGUUUUGUUAGCAAAAAGUGUCAAAAUAGAGAUCCAUGAACAUUUCGAAAAAACACGAGGUGUAUAAGGACGCAACAGGGGUGAAUAGGAACGACUGAGGGGUGGAGCGGGACACCUCUGGUAGUUAAUAGGGACGCAAUAAGUGGGAAUAGGGACGCUAAAGGGUCAAUAGGGACAGGGCUGCCAAAAAUUGUUUUUAACUAGAGUUAUUCUUUAUUUAGUGUUUUUUGAUAGAUUAGUACUAGGCACUUGUCUCACUUACACCAACUUAAAACAGGCGGAAUUUCUAAAUGGGAUAUAGGUAGGUAUAUAAAUAUAUUAAGUAACUGUUUUUAAUUAUUCCGAUUUUUGUUACUUUCGUCCGUAUAAUAAGCCCCGCUUAAUAAUAAAAUAACAAUUAAGAUUAAUCAUUCUGUGGUAUUUUUAUAAAUAUGUCUAUAUUUAAUUUAUGAUUACCUACAAAUAAUUAAAAGUUUAAUUUAAUCAUAGUUUUAUUCGGGUUUUAACUUAUAAUAUUUACCUAAUCAUAUUUAAGUACUUAAGUACAAUAAACUAUCUAGACCAGGUACUUACCUGUCAACUUAUUAUAUUUUGACAACCCUAAGCACUUGUCCCUAUUCGUACCUAAGUCGUCCCUAUUCACCCCGGAUCCAGUUUGAAUCAAAAUGGCCUGUUUUUUUUUUUCAAAAAAAGGACAUUAAAACGCAAUUAUUAAUAUAUUAUAACACUCGUGCCUUUUCAUUAUAUUAUCCGACUGAGUUAAGAAGGUAACUGAUUGCUAAUAAUAUGCAUGGAAACGGAGCCUUCUUUAAUUGGUCGGAGUGGCGGGCACCGACGCGCCCGACCCGACCCGACCGCCUGCCGCGAUUAUUUACGUUGACAUUGACUUUAAUGUUAACUUGGUUUAUAUUCAAUUGUUGGACAUGUUUUUCUGUGUACAUGACGAUCCUUAUCGGGAGACACAAUUAAUUUUAUUAUUUUAAAUUUAUGAUGUAUUGUUUGACGAUCAUGAUGAUGGCGAACAUACUUAUAAUUAAUGUAGCAAAUUUAUAGUGUAAUUUUCAUCGUGAAAUAAAGAAAUCUAAUCUAAUCUGUUAUCUUGCAGUCUUGUUUAUUUCCUUUCAUUCCUUUUAAUUAAAUUUAAGGACACCCUAAACAGUAAUAAAAACCUUUAGGUACCUUCAAAGUGGUCGUAAACGUGUUAAAACGUAAAAAUACCUUGGCUACUCAUGUAAUCCACAAGAGCAUUAUUUCAUAUCAAUUACCACCUACUUUCGGUUUAUUGCUGUUUCUGUGCCAUUGAAUUUUAAAAAUUGUGCUGUUUUUACAUUCCUAUUUUUUUAUAAGAAUUGAACGUAGAAUAUUGCCUUACACUUAACAUUUAUUUAUAAAAGCGGUACCUAAAUUAAGUUUUAUAAUGAAGGGGGUAAGCAUUUUAUAAUAUAUUAUGAGUAUUCUAUUUAUAUAUUUUGUGCAAGUCAGGUAACAAGGAUUCUUAAAAUUCGAGGGCAAAGUAAAAAAAAACGAGGCAUAGUCGAGUUUUGUUACAACCGACCCCAGAAUUUAAAGACCUUAUUAUGUGUCGUUGCAUAUAAACUUUAUCUACAACGCCAGAAAAACUCAUUUUUAAUGUUUAAAAAAAUUGCAGAAUACGGCCCUUUACGACGAAAAUAUCACAGGGUUCUAAUGUUCACAAGAACGCUGUUAUCGGAGUUCUUAUAAAAAACAGAACACUGUCUAUGUUUUAUUAAUAGUUUAUUAUUAUAAUAAUGCUAUCAGUUAUUUAUUUGAAUAAUUUUAGUUUAUAUGUAUAGUAUCAGGUACUUAGAAAUGUUAGAUUGAGAAGAUUCCCCAUUCCGAUACCCACAAGAGUAAUAUCGUCUUAUAAGGUACUCAAGUCGCAAUACGAGUAUGUGAAUAUAGGGAGGUACAUAUGUAUAGCACAUUAGUUAUCAUUUAGCAAUCAUUGUACUUUGUGCCAAACUUAUAAUAGUAAGUAUUAGAAUCCGAACAAAAUUAAUUUUUAAAUUUUUUAUGCAUAUUAAAUAUUUUACAUUAAACUCUAUCAUAGACUAUGGCUAAAAUGAAUAGAAUGCUGUUCAUAAUAACACGAAUCCAUCAACAUUGUAUAAAACUAAAGUAAAACCCUAGAUUUUAUUCGUAUAGACAUAAGAAACCCGACUGAAUAGUCAACAUUCAUAAGAAUUAAUCGAUUGUAGAUAAGCACUUUAUUCCAGUGGAUAAAGUAAAUGAGUGUACAGAAUUAGGCAAAACACUACUUGUGUUAUUUGAUAAAAUCAUACGUUCGUCUUUGUUAUUCGAUCUUAACACUAAAUGUAUUGUGUCUUUUGUCUCAAUGUUUAUAAAUGUGAUUUUUGUUGUAAAGGUAUAUUCUAGACCACAGUUCCACAUACCUACUUAAUACAUUGCUUCAUUUUAGGCUUCCUAAAACCCCAAGACUUUUUUGGUUUAUUGCUUACAUCUAGACUUUUUACAUCUUAAAGUUUGUACUCGUAUUGUCUCACUAACUUACCGAUAGGAGACCACGUGCAAGUCAGGAUCAGCUAAAUCACUGCAAGUAUUUUCAGUGUCUGAAGUGAAUAGAUUUCCUUAUUAAACGUACAAUUAUUUUUGCCGUAUAAACUUAAAACUAAACGAUACUUUAUUCUUCUUAGAUACCCCAAUUAUUUCUUAUUGAUAAUGUGUAGGUACAAAAGAUAUUCUUGCUACGUGUUCUCUUACUAACCCCCUACACCUUAGCGUCCACAGCAGUAGUAUUUAUUUAUCUCCUGUUUAACUUUAAUAUUAGUUGUUAUUGCAUUCCUGUAACAGAAGUUUGUGAUACCUACCUUAUAGUACCGAAAUAAUAGCAACUUGGUUUUACGACUAGUGUGGUAAGUAUACAGUUUCAAAAAUGUAAUCGUCAAUUUACAUUGUGGUGCAUUGUAUCUAUGACAUGCGUUUUGUGCACGCAUUAUAAAUUCGAUAAUAUUCUGGAAUCUGGAGUGUUUUGUAAGUGGAUUGGAUUUCUAGUAAGCUUGGCUGAUUUAGGAAUUGAUAAAAAAGUAAGCUCAACAUGAUCUUAGCGAUUCAUGAUAAUGUAUGUACUAAAAUAAUUUAUCGCAAAUACUUAAUAUAAAUGUAUAACAAACAAA